GUCAGUUAGGGUAGCGAGGUCACAGUCUCCGGGUGUCUAUGCUUAGUGUUCGCGUGUCAUGGACAGAUACAACUGAAAUUAGUAUUUUAAAAUAAUCGUCGUGUUUGAUCGCAUCGUCCAGUUUGCGUUUUCCUUCGGUUGUCGAAAAUUACAACGAGCAUUUACAUAGCUUUUAAACUGAGAGACUCGAUUCCUACUUGAUAUUCGAAAACGUUGACGAUGUGACCACCACGAUGAAACAAAACAAAGUGGCGCUUAAUGGAUGAAGAGAAAUGGCGAGCGAGUAUGAUCCUUUGGUGCGAACCCUACAUAGUGAAAGUGAGGAAGACAUUGCGUUGCCCUGGUGCCCCGCCGAGGGCGACCAUGGCAAGUGCACGGCGUAUUUAGCCCAGGUGAUUGCCGUGGACCAAGAAUCGCAACAGACCGAGGAUGAAGAAGAGACCGACGAUUACCAGGCGCAGGGGAAAGCAGGGGAAGGAGCAGGGGAGGAAAUCUCGAGGCAAGGGGAAGGAGAGGAAGGAAAUAUUGCAGGAGGGGAGUUGGGGGUUCCCCAGCCUAUGUCUCCCACCCCUCCUCUCCCACCACCAACCUCGCUUCUCGACCUUACACUCUCUGCAACUCAAGAAUGUCGUUACGAGCCCUUCAUAGAAAAUGGGGUUCACGUCACUCAUGGUAUUUCGAGCCAGACUCAUUCAUUUUUCAGUUCUACUCGGUCUGACUUUGUUCAAGACGAUUUUCCAUCUGUUCCACCUCAAAAUGACGAUGAAAUGACAAGCUAUCGUUCUACUUUAUGCAUAGUGGAAAGCGAGGACACUUUAUCCAUCAGUGAAGAAGAAGAAGAGAAAGAAGUACAAGAAGGGGAAACUGACCUGAUCUGCGGAGGUAUUGACGAGUCAAACCAGUUCACGUUAAAACCUCAUACACCGUGUGGGACGCCCUUGUAUGAAACUCUCGUCGAAGAGGAAGAUGUGGAAGUAAGGAGUGCUGCCCAGCCUGGAGAUGACAUCAGCGAUAUUGUAGUCAAUUCAGGUCUCGAGAAGAAUGAAGCAAACGAAAGCUUUCCUGCAAAUUCACUGGUUGCUGAUGUAAGUCAGAUCAGAAGGAGGGGUUUGGCCGAAUCAUGCGACGAGCCAUACCCCAUAAGCCCCAUGCGGACGCCUUCUUUCGUGAGGUUUUUCGACAAUGAGGAACAAGGGGAAAGGUUGGAAGAGGACGAUUCGGUUGAAGCCUCGACUUUGGCCGUGACAGAGUGCGCAUUACUGGAGGAAGGCGGUGAGAAGAAGGACGUACCUGAGAAACCACACUUUCGUCAAGAGCAAAAUAAUGCAGAAGAAGAGACAAAGGCGCCUUCCCCGCUGCCGCUUCCUUUAUUGAUAUCAGAUGUACCUGAGGAGGAGGAGGAGGAGGAGGAGGACCCUGGCUACAUUAAUCUCGCUCACUCACCUGAAACAGCAUCUGACACCAGGGAUGCUGAAAUGAGUACUGAGAGAGAGGGAAAUGGAGAGAACGAGAAUGGAAAAACGAAUGUUAUGAAAGAUGGAAAUGAGGGAAUGGACGAUGGGGGAAUCAAUGAUAAUCAAGAUAGAAAUGAAGGAACUGGAAUUGAAGAAAUUAUUGAUGAUAUAGAUGGGAAUGAAAGGAUAGAAAAGGCAGAACUGCCUGAUGUUGUAGAUGGGAAUGAAAGAGUAGAGAAUGAAGACAUGAAUUAUGAUAAAAGGGGAAAUAUAGAAACAAAUAAUGAGACAGUGAAUAUUAGUAUACAUGAAAGUGGAAGAACAAGUGACGAAGAAGUGAGUGACAACGAAGGUAGAAACGAGGGCAAAGAGGAUGAAGAAGCCAGUGGUGAUGAAGAUGGAAAUGACAAAACAGAGGACGAAGAAAUGAAUGUCGUCCGAGACGGAAUUGAAGGCUUAGAAAACGAAGAGGUAAGAGAUGAAGAAGGAAUAACAGGAGUUUUUAACAUAAAUGACAAUCUCACUGUUUCUGUAGUAGUUACCCCUCCUUCUCUUAUGGAGGACAUUGAGAUCGAUGAUGACACUGAUACUCAUUUGUCCUCUCAGGUCCUAAAGCAUGAUGAUUCUGAUGAUCACAUAAAAAUCAUGACGUCAGGAGAAUCAUUGCAAGAGAGUCAGUCUGUAAAUGAUGAAACGGUUUGUAGCCAAAUUUCUGUUGAUGAAAAUGUGGAGGGAAUAGAUGGCGUUUGUGUAAUAAACGAUUGUUUUGAAAACCGGUGCAUAAAAAGAGAUGAUUGUACCGUGGAAAAGGAAAGAAAGGGUGAAAUCACGGGUGAGGUUGAAAAGGGCAGAGAAGAAACUUUUAUGAAUGAAAGCCCCCAGAUAUCAGUUGAGGAACGUGGAGUAAGAGAUACAGAAAUGAAUAAGAGGGAAAGUGAGGCAGAGGAAGCGGAGAGGGAGCACAACAUGACAGCAGGAGGGAGCGGCCAUUCUCGUGAUGUUCCCAACAAAGAAAGCCUUAGUGAAGGAAUUGUGAGCGAAGAUGAUGAAUUUGGUCUAGUCAUGUUAUUUACCAAACCUGAUGGAACGCAUCACAAAGAAACAGGACCCCCUCGUGAUGUUCACGAAGACGUUAUUAAGACUCUCGUCUCCGAUGACCACGACGCAAGAAUAAUUACUUUUGUUGAGUCUGAUGAGCUGGAGGACCGGAUGAAGCUGAGUAAACGCGAUAAUGACGUCAUAUCGCCAUCUUCAUCCGGUCAUAGUGGCGAUGUGGACUCGAGUGCCAGUGCCAGUGAUGUUGACAUUGUGAGGACAAUUGGUGUCACCUUUGUGCCGGGAAAAGAGGGUUUUGCGGGUCAGAUUGGAAAAGGCAAAGUUGAUGGUGAUGAAGAGUGUGCCGAUAAGGAUCCAGAUAAGGAUUUGAACGAAGGAGAAACGUCCCUAAGCCAAGAUAUAGAUAACAGAAGUGUAACCCAAUUUACCAGUGACUCAGAGGACGCUGGUGAGGCUAACGAAUGCAACCAGACUGGUCAAGUGACGCCACACAUCUUCGACAGUGUUAAAUCAGCGGCUAAAUGCCAGAGUUCUAGUCUUCUCGCUUCUAGGGACAGAUCUUCGUUCCUUGCAACUUUAUUACAGGGCGGUGAUACGCUUUCAGACGUUAACACAAAUCCCCUGGAAUGUACAUCGGAAAUAAAAGACCUUUCAGGUGAGAUUUUCCCUAAAACUGAUUCUGAAGAGGCGUUUCACGAGGAAUCGGAAUGUGUAGGAGAUAAUGAUAGUGAGGAUCGGGUAACGGAUGACGACAGUAAAGUUACUGAAAAUGAAGCUGAAGUGAUCGAGGCCGAAACCAGUGAAGACAAGUGCUCAAGUCAACAGUUUGACGAAGAAGAAUACAAUUCUUCCCCAGUUUUCAUUAAAUGUUUGAAUGUCGAUCAAAGAGUGGAUAAAAGUUUCCCUGAUAGUGAUGGACCCAUCGAUGUUGUGCCAUUCCUUGCUUGUAAAGACAGUGUGACUGAUUCACUGCCAACCACAUCGGAAUUUCCAGAACUAUCCAUAACUGAGGUUCAAGACUUACCUAAUGCUGAGAGUUCGGAUAUAACCAUAUCUGAGGUUUCAGGCCUUCAUAUAUCUGAGGUUCAAGUCCUCCCUAUAGCUAAAGUUUCAGACCUAUCGAUAUCUGAGGUGGCAGAGAAUCCAGACCUGUUCAUAUCUGACAGUUUUGACCUGUCCGUACCUAAGGUUCCAGACUUAUCCGUACCUGAGAUUUCAGUCUUAUCCAUAUCUGAGGUUGAAGACCUAGCCGUAUCUGAGGUUCCAGACCCAGAUAUAUGUAAACCUCAAGAGGAUUCGACACAUAUUCCUGGAAGUGACGAGCAAGAUCUUGAUGCAGAAAUACAUUCAGAGGAGCUAGGGCAAGAAAUUCCAGUCAUUAUAUUGACCUCUCCUGUUGAGGUAACACCUGAGGGAGGAAAAGAAGAUAAUGAUGAUUCUUCUCUGUCUCUGUCUGAUGAAGAUGAACUAGUCUCUUCUGUCAUAACAGUCAUUGCUGCUGAUCAGCUGGAAACCCAAAUUGAAGAAGUUGAUGAUGGCGAUGAUUCAAUACCUUCUGCCAGUGAAAAUGUCGAUUGCCCCUCGGAAAGUGACGCAGUAGAUGACAGUGUGGAAUUGGAAAAUGAACUUCUAACCAGUAACACUGAACUUGUGAAAGAACUUUCCUCCAACGAUUUAUAUUCGGAAUCAGAAGUUUGCACAGAUGUCAGUCAAUUAAGACUUCUCUCUGAAGAUUCAUUCUCUGGAUGGGUAAAUCAAGUCUGUUCCGUUUUCUGUCAGUCGGACACUGGAUUUCGUGAUACAGAAGAUCGCAUCAUUUCAGUGUCACGGGUUGAGGAGAAAGAUAUUUCAGCCUCACAGGUCAUUGAUGAAUAUCCGGCGAAGCUUCGGUUUAUUGAAGGUAAUGAAAAACGCGUCAGUUCUUCAUCGCUUCCUGUUGUUCUGAAUAGUGAUUGUUGGUCCCUGGGUGAUGGAGGAAAUGUGUCGUCUGCUGCGAAUCUAAGCGAGGAAUCCGAUCAUAACGCUACAAGUGAUACAAACACAAACACCCUCAGUGAAGACCGCGAACAUUGCAAUAACGCAGAGUUAUUCGCCGAUGAGAAUUCAGAAGAUACUUCUUGUGUAAACGAGAAGACUGAAGACGUAUCAUCAUAUAAUGAGAGCAUUUCCUGUGCAGCAGACGAUGCUAGAAACGCAAUUGGCAACGGCGAGGAGUUUAUUCCACGCGUAGCAGGAGAAACAGGAAAUUAUGUUUCAUCCGUGAUUGAAAAUCAAGUUGAUUGCAUUCCAUUUCCAGAGGACGAGUCUGUUGAAUAUACUCUCGCUGCGGUAAAUGAAAACCUGGUAGAUUUAAUUUCUCCGCCAGCUGAAAAUAAGGUUAAUGAUGUUCGACAUUUAAGUGGAAAUCAGGAUGAUGAAACUUUCAGUGUGAUUGAAAAUCAGGAGGAUAGAGUUUCAGAUGAGGUAGAAAAUCAGGAGGAAAGUGUUUCAUCUCAAGUUGAAAAUCAAGACAGUAGUAUUUUGACUUUAAAUCAGGGAGACAGAAUUUCACCAGUGACUGAAAGUCAGGAAGAUAAUAUCACAUCUGUGUUUGAAAAUCAGGACGAUAAUAUCACAUCUGUGUUUGAUCAGGACGAUAAUAUCACGUCUGUGUUUGAAAAUCAGGACGAUAAUAUCACAUCUGUGUUUGAUCAGGACGAUAAUAUCUCAUCUGUGUUUGAAGAUCAGGAAGAUAGUAUCACAUCUGUGUUUAAAAAUCAAGACGAUAAUAUUUCAUAUACAUCUGUGUUUGAAAAUCAGGACGAUAUCACAUCUGUGUUUGAAGAUCGGGACGAUAUCACAUCUGUGUUUGAAGAUCGGGACGAUAUUACAUCUGUGUUUGAAAAUCAGUACGAUAAUAUCACAUCUACAUCUGUAUUUGAAAAUCAGGACGAUAAUAUCACAUCUGUGUUUGAAAGUCAGUACGAUAAUAUUACAUCCGUGUUUAAAAAUCAGGACGAUAAUAUCACAUCUGUGUUUGAAAGCCAGUACGAUAAUAUUACAUCCGUGUUUAAAAAUCAGGACGAUAAUAUCACAUCUACAUCGGUGUUUGAAAAUCAGUACGAUAAUAUCGCAUCUACAUCUGUGUUUGAAAAUCAGGAAGUUAGUAUCACAUCUGUGUUUAAAAAUCAGGAUGAUAAUAUCACAUCUGUGUUUGAAAAUCAAGAAGAUAGUAUCACAUCUUUGUUUGAAAACUAUGACGAUAAUAUCUCAUCUGUGUUUGAAGAUCAAGAAGGUCUGAUUUCACCUGUGACUGAAAAUCUGGGAAGUAGAUUUUUUCCAGUGAUUGGAGACCACGAAAGUAAUGUUUCGCCUGUGAUUGACAAUCAGGAAAGCAAUACUUCACUUUUGACUGUAAAGCAGGAAGCUGAUAUUUCAUCAGUGACUGAAAAUCAGGAAGAUCUGUUUUCACCAGCAGUUAAAAAUCAGGAAGAUAGGAUUUCACCUGUGAGUGAAAAUCAGGAAGACAGAAUUGCACCUGUAAGUGAAAAUCAGGAAGACAGGAUUCCACCGGUUAUUGAAAACCUGGAAGAUAGAAUUCCACCUGUAAGUGAAAAUCAGGAAGAUAGAAUUUCACUUGUGACUGAAGAUAAGCGGGACGGUAUUUCACUUGUGAGUGAGAAAGAUGGUGUUUCAGUUUUAAUUGUAAGUCAGGGAGACAGGAUUCCACCGUGGACUGAAAAUCAAGGAGCUUUUGAAGAUCAGGAAAAUAUAACAUUAUUUGUGGCGGAUGAAUAUGAUCAGAAUUUGAGUGAAAAUCAAGAAUUUGAUGACAGUCAGGUUUAUUAUAUUCCACUCGUGGAUGAAGACCACGAAUAUCCUCCUUCAGUCUUGACUGAGGACCAAGAAUCAUCUGAGGGGAGGUCACCAUCGGCGUUUGAAGAUCAGGUGGACUUCUCGUUGCGUGAUAGAGGAAAAUUGACAAAAUAUAUUUCAGUGGUUGAGAAAGACAAUUAUAAUUAUAGUCUGCCUGAAUUUGAGAACGAGAUUAAUUCCCAUCCAUUAGUGAUUGAGAAUCAGGAAAAUUAUAUCCACUGUGCAACUAAAAGAGAUAUUAUUCACACUCCACCAUUACCAGAAGAAGGGGAGGUAGAUUUGACUGCUGUUAACGAAUAUAAACCCAAUGUGAUUUCAUCAGCAGACAAUACCACCGAGUUUUCGGCUGUUGCAGAUGGCGAAAACUUCUCUGUCGUAGAAAAGAAAACAUUAGAUGACAUAAACUACAUCAAAGAGACAUCUGAUUACUGUAGUCAGGUUUGUGAAGAAUGUCAGGCGUGUGACGUUCCUUUUGUGACCAAACCUCAAGACGAUAAUGAUAAUUUAUUGAUAGAAAAUCAGUCAGAAACUGCCGAGAUUUUUUGUAAAGAACGCUUUGAGUUGACUUCAGGUGAUCAGAAGGAUUUAUUAGUCUCAGAAAAUCGAGAUCGCUUUGAUUCGAUUCAGUUAGAGAAUGACUCCUUGACUCGCGCUUCUAUCCCGUCUGGUGAAAGCGAAGAAAGUGCAAAUAAUCCUAACAAAUGUAUUGAGGAUGUGAACAGUCAGGUUGAUAUAGAGAUAGAGGAAAAUGUUCAUCAGAAUGAAAGUGUAGUGACUCACCAGGACAACUCGGUAUUCCUUCCGGAGGAAAACGAAAAGAAAGUGAGAAGUGACAAGAACUCGACAGAAUCUGAUGCGUCUUGUGCAUCGGCAUCAUCAUCAUCAUCACUUCUGAGUGAGGUCGAGGGGAUCGAUUUUAUUGGUGGAGUGAUCGGAGGAGUGAGGGAAGGGUGGCACUCCCUCCCUUCCUCUGCAGUAGAAGGAAAACUUCCUUUUGAUUCUUUUCUUUCGGUCAUUGAAGAAGAGGAGCAGAUCGAUUCUAUUCCCGGUGGAAUAGAAAGAGAUCGGACCGAUUCUAGUCCCCCUGCGAAAGCGCUGGAUAUUAGCGAAGAAGAGCCUCAGGUGCCCCCUGUUCCGAGUGACGGAGGAGGAGGAGGAGGAGGAGGAGAAAGAGUGGGAACGGAGGAAGGGAAAGAAGAAACGGGAGAAGGAAAAGGCAGCGAAGGCUUAUUAACUCUCUCAGCCCCUGAUGUAUGUGUGGGCUGUGUUGAGUUACGGAGUGCAAGGGACGAUCCAAAUUCAAAAUUACCAAAGGACGAAGAAGAAGUUUUUGAGCUGGAAGCAACUGUUGAUGACAUCGCUUCUUAUUUAGGUGACGAGGAAGCUCACUGUUCAGGAGAGGAAGUCGAGAGAGAGACUCGCAGCGAAAGGGAAACACUUUUGGAGAUUUCGGGCGCAAAUGGUAAUGAUCUUGAUGAAGUAAGUGGCUUUAAUGGCGAUAGUAAAUUGGCAGAAACAUCUGAAGGAGCAACCGUGGAUGUUGUGGGUGAUACCAAAGGGGAAUUAGACAGUUUUGUAGGGUCGGGUGAACUGCAAGGGCGUUCGCAGAGUCUGGCGGGAAAUGUAGUAGUAGAGGAAGAGUCAGUGGAAAGUGUUUUAGAGGAAAGUUUAAGUGGCCCAGGUCUUGAAGAAAAGGAGCGCGAAAAGGGGGAAGGCGGUGCUGAGUUCCUAUUGGUUAACGAUGAUGAAAUUCAAACAGAAAAGUUGGAAAACGUUGGUAGUGAUGCAGAUGAUGUUAUGAAAGCAAAUGAUGUCAGUGUCGGUGGAAGUGAUGAAUGUAAGACUUUAGAAUCGGCGGCGAGCAAAGUCAGAAAAAGAGAAUCGUCUCUUCCUUCUUCUUCCUUCGAGAAAUCGUUGUCCGAAUCUUCCGAAAUGUCAGUUGACGCCGACUUCGGAAGCCAGCUGGAACCGAACAGCGAACUGACCAGAAGCGAUAUGAGUGAAUCGAGUAACCGCGAUUCGGGUACGAGUUACCUGAGCGAAGCCGAUGGCAGCAGUGAUAAUGAUACUCUAGUCGGCAGGAACAGUGAUGGUGACGGAAUGAUGAGCAGUGAUAUUGACGGAAUGGCGAUGAGCAGCAGUAGCAGUUCAGAGGAAGGGACUGUCACUGCUGGCAGUAGGGACAGUAGUCAGAUGAGUGAUGUCAUGAGUCACAGCGGCGAUGAUGCCCGGGGUGUGAAUUUCAGUAAGGGUCAUCGGCGCGACGACAGUGGAGUGGUGAUGGGGAAUUUCCCCGUCGACCCUGCCCACCAUUUGCACCAUACCCACCAGAGGCAACAGGACGUGCCAGGGAGCCCCGCUCCUCACGUCUCGUACCCUCAUCACCAUAGAGCGUGAGAUGAAAUGCACCACCCGCAUCAUCACUGCUACCAGAAUUAUCACUCGGCAGAACACCAUUGUCACCAUCACCAUUGUCGCCACGCUGCAGCAGCAGCAGCAGCAUCGGACGACCACCACAACCAGAUCAACGUCCACAAACGGACUGCCGAGGAUGACGGCAGUUACACGGAACCCGAGGAUAACAAUCGCACUCUGGAGAGGGGCAUGUCCCCUGCCCAGACGGACCCCGAAGACGACGACACGGGUUCCGUCAAGGGCUUUGCCAGGAGUCGAAGCCACCAGUUUCGGAUGGCCAGGAGAUUCAGCGGCGCCAAGAUGGUGAAGAAGAUGAAGAAAGUCGUCCACUUCGGCAAAAAGAGCCAGAGUGACGACAAUGGCAACCAUCCUCAUCACACCAAGGUCCAGGAAGCCAUCGAAGGAGAAAGCUUCGGCAAGCGGGCGGGGGGCGGCGGCAGAAGAACAAAUGAAUGCCUCAUCCUGGAGCCCUCCGAGAUGAUUGUGAUUGACUACCCAGAUGUUCAGUUGAUGCGUCCUUGUCAGCGGGGAUCCUGCAACACCAUGAGCCUGGAGAAACUGAUGGCUUUAGAGCAGGAUGAGGUCAACAUCAGACCAGUGGGACGUGGGGCACCUCCACCACCUCCGGGCCAUCACCAUGCACAUCAGUUUGAAAAUGAGCAGAUCCAUGGGCAACACAUCCCUCAUCCUCAUGACCCAUACCUCCCUGACUUGGUCAUGGGUAGCAGCAUCCUACGCGGUGCCCGUAGUAGGGGCAGCGUGGGUUCAUCAGUGCGGGAUGGUUCUGACACUUCCAGUGCCUACUCCGGAUCAGAUACUAUGUGCCAUUCUUUGCAUUCAUCAUUGGAACCAGAUGAUGUCGAUCUCUCAGGACUCACUGAAAGUGCCGUAGAUUCAGAUGAAGAAGAUCUGGCUGAGAGUAUGGAGAGUUUAACUGUUCGUGAUUGCGUUAGAGAAUGUUUAGAAAAGGACCCCAGUGAACGAACAGAGGAUGAUAUUGAAAUUUUACUGGAGUUUACUCAACGUCUGCAAGCAUUUUCCAAUAUGACACUUGCUGUCAGGAGGGAUAUGUGUCAAGCCAUGGUAUUUGCUGUUGUUGAGGAUGCCGGCACCAUUCUUAUGCAUCAAGGAGAAGAAUUAGAUUCAUGGAGUGUCAUUAUUAAUGGGCAUGUCGAAGUAACGCAGCCUGAUGGUUCAGUUCAUGAACUCCAUCUGGGUGACAGCUUUGGGAUCACCCCUACAAUGGAGAAGCUUUACCAUCAAGGUAUCAUGCGCUCCAAAGUGGAUGACUGUCAGUUUGUGUGUAUUCGUCAAACUGAUUACUACCGUAUCCUACACCGAGGAGAAGAAAAUACUCGCCGUGUAGAAGAAGAUGGAGUUGUAGUGUUGGUAACAGAACAGAGGCCAAUUGAUGGUGGCAAUAGGAAAGGCAACAUUGUGAUCAAGGGUACUUCUGAGAAGUUGAUGUGUCAGCUUGUAGAAGUGGAAAAUAAUGUUGACCCAACUUAUGUUGAAGAUUUCUUACUUACUCACAGAACCUUUGUUGACAUGUCCUUAACAGUAGCCAACAAAUUAUUACAUUGGUUUGAGGACCCAUCCUUACGUGAUCGUGUGACAAGAGUCGUACUAUUGUGGGUCAACAACCACUUUACAGACUUUGAGAUGGACUUAGUCAUGAUGAACUUUUUAGAACAGUUUGAAGAAGGUUUAGAAAGAGAGAAGAUGGCAGGUCAGUUGAGACUCUUAGACUUUGCUUGUGCUACAAAAGCAAGAGCAAGAGUUGUUACUCUCACAAGACCCUCUCGAGACGAGAUUUUGCAUUUUUCCAUUCUAGGAGGUUAUGAAAGAGGUCAUGGAAUAUUUAUAUCGAAGGUGGAGAAAGGUAGCAAAGCUGAGGAAGUUGGUUUAAAACGAGGUGACCAGAUUUUGGAAGUUAAUGGACAAAGUUUUGAUCAUAUGAAUCACGCGAGAGCCUUAGAAAUACUGCGGCAACCAUGUCAUUUAUCAAUUACAGUUAAGAGUAACUUGUUAGCUUUUAAGGAAAUGCUGUCUACUCCAGAUAAUUCCCCUAGGCCACAUGCUAGAAAGACUUCUGACGUACGAGGGCUUUCUGAAGGAAAUGGACAUAUGUCUAUUGGUAAUUUUGGAGCGGCUGUCACUAUGGCAAGUGACCAUUCACAACAGUCACCUAGAGAUAAAGGAAAAGAUGACAAAAAUAAGAGUUCAUUCAUGACCAUUGGAGCAUCUACAGCUAAGCAGUUUAAGAAAAAAUUCAUUAAUCCCUUUGUGCCAAAGCAAACUCCAGAGUCACAUAUGAACAGUGAUGAAAGUGUAUCAUCACAGUCCAGUGUUGGUGGUGGUGGUCUGUAUCAUAGUCAUAGUAACCCAGAUUUGAGUACAGCUGGUACCUAUGAAGAUGUGAGGGCUGAAUUCCCAGAACAUGUAUUGAAAGUGUACCGAGCUACAGAUCACAGCUCAAGAUUUCUUCCUGUACAUAAGGAAACAACUGCCCGAGAAGUAGUGAUGUUAGCUCUUCAAAUUUUCAACAUAAAUGAUCCUUCAGGUUCAUCUAAUUAUGCCUUAUAUGAGGUCACAGUUACCGAAGAAGGGAUUACAAAGCAAAAGAGAUUACCAGAUUCUUUACAGAAUUUAGCAGAAAGAAUAGGGUUAAGCAGUAGGUAUUACUUGAAAAACAUAACAGUCUCCCAGACCCAUGUUCCUGAUGACAUUGUAAAUGAAUUAGUGAGAGAGUCAGCUGUUUGCUUUCUACAACUUAACUCUGUUGAGCUUGCUGUUCAGCUUACUUUAGAGGACUACACUAUAUUUCGUCAAAUAGAACCAACCGAGUACAUAGACUACCUCUUCAAAAUCAAAUCCAAUUAUGGAACACCUGCUCUGUCACAGUUUGCUGGCCUUGUAAAUCGGGAGAUGUUUUGGGUGGUAACGGAGGUGUGCUCUGAGCAUAAUCUAGUCAAGCGUUCCAAAAUCAUCAAGCAAUUUAUAAAAGUUGCAAGGCAAUGUAAAGAGUGCAAGAAUUUCAAUUCAAUGUUUGCCAUUCUGUCUGGUUUGGGUCAUGGUGCUGUAUCUCGUUUAAAGCAGACUUGGGAACGUUUGCCUACCAAAUAUUCAAGAAUGUUCCAAGACAUGCAAGAAUUAAUGGAUCCAUCUAGGAAUAUGAGCAAAUAUCGUAACCUUGUUCAGAAUGAGAACAUACAAUCUCCAAUUAUUCCAUUUUAUCCUGUUGUUGCAAGAGACUUGACAUUUACACAUGAGGGUAAUGAUGACAAAGUGGAUGGACUCAUUAACUUUGAGAAGCUACGCAUGAUAUCUCGUUACAUUAGGGACUUGCAAAAUAUGUGUUCAGCACCUUAUGAUUUAUUUAGCAUUCAGGAUGCUGGAGGACAACCACCAAGUUCUGCUCUUAUUUCACUUAACCAGAUGGCAGCUGGUGGUCAUCAAAUAGCAACAGUCAAGAGGCGUAAGAAGUCCACUGCUGCACCAGACAAAAAGAAGAUGUAUGAAGAGGCUCAAAUGGUACGGCGAGUGAAAGCUUAUCUGUCACGGUUACAAGUAGUCACUGAUGAAGAACAGUUGCGCAAUAUGUCUUUAGAGUGUGAAGGAGGACCAGAAGGACACAAAACUGGUGGCAGUAUGGGCAGUCAGCAAAAUAACAAUAACAAUAAUAGUGGCUCAAGUAGUGCUCCACCUACAAACCAAGCCCCUAGAAGGAGGCCACAUUCUCCUACACCAUCAACAACGUCUUCAACAUCUUCCACAUCACAAACAUCAGACGGAAAAAAGCAAACAACUAAGUUUGGAGCCACAUCUCCCCAGUCCAUAAGCAAGAUGAAGGCCCUGGCCGAGCCCAAGACGAAGCCUCACCAUGGCCCACGCUCCAACAAUUCCCAUCAUCAUUCCUUAUCUCCCUCUCCUUCCCCUGGUCCUCCUCGUAAAGGAGGAGCCCUGACCAACCAUAACCCUCGUUCUAACCAUGAGCGCUCUCAUUCCGACACCCAUGCAGUUCCUGUGGACCUUAGUGCUGAGUCCUCCUCUGUGACCUCCCUGUCCAAACUCCAUAAAUCCCACACCUCAGGUUCUGUGACUUCAAAUGAAUGUCAAGUGGGUCCUGGCGAAUCAGACUCUGGAAUCUCUACCCAUUUUGAUUGUCACUCCUCCUCCUCGCUGGAAGUUGGGGGAGUUACAAUCCCCGAGUGGCACUGCCACUCUUCUCCUCCAGCUCAGCACCGCCGUUAUUCUCACCAACCUGAAUCAAGGUCACGACCACCCUUUCCUCAUGCUAUCCCAGUUCUGCCUCCUGUUCCAACAGCAGCCCAGAAGAGGUUCAUGUUCAACAAUAUGCGGCAACAUUGUGUGUGUAACAGCCGUAUUCGACGUGGGGCACCAGGUGUUCCUCCAGACUAUGUAGCCACGCAACAAAGGAUGAAACAAAUGGGGCGAGCGCUGUCACAUGAUGGAGUGCAAUAUUAUCACCAUUCGCAUCAUGAUGACGAAGAGGAAGAUGCUCAAGUAUCAGCUGUGUAAAGAGGCAAGUUAUGGCUAUCUUCUGUAGUUCUUCAGGAGUAUCUACUCUUUCAGCAAGAAUAGAAAUUCUUGCAAGUUAUCAGAUAAGUGUGACAAAUAAACCAAAGAUUUAUGGGUCUUAGAAUUGAUGUAUCCUUAUCACUGAUGAAUUUUGUAUAGGAAAUUAAUAUAUAUUUAUUUAUAUAUAUUUGGUUGUAACUGCAGUUAUAUCUCAUACUAGAUAUUUCUUCUAAGUUGGAUAAGGAUUCAGUUCAUAAGCUCUCAAGGUACUGGGGCACAGAUGAAAUAUUUUUAAUAUGGAUAACACAAAUACAUGUGGACCAUGCAUUUGUGGGAAUCCAUGUAUAUAUUUAUAGUUAUUCCCUGUCCAUAAAUUAGAUAUGCAUAAUAUUUAGUUAAUAGUCUCAAAGAGAAAUUUAUGAUGCUUACUGAUUAUGUCUCAAAAGUUUAUUAUGUUUGUGAGCAUCGGUAAAUGUGAUUACUUCCUGUUGUCCCUAGACUUUUAAAAGCCAGCCAAAACCAAUUGUCGUCCAAAUUGCCCCACUGUGUGGACUAAGUCAUUAGGAGUCCUCUAAAGUAAUGUUAAGGAUACUAUUUCCACCGUGGUGAUAUCAUCAUGAAAAUGCAUGUCACUUUGAUUCCCUAGGUUUAGGGUAUCAUCAUGUCAUUUUUCUUUAAAAUGUAGAUUAAAACUGUACAGGAUUAAAUCUGAUAUCAUCCAGAAGUAAUGUAUCAUUGUAAUGUAUUUUAUUGUAUUUUUCCUGUAUUCAGGUUGACCGAGUCUGAUGUUUGUAUAAAAAUAGUAUAUAAAGGGACUCUGUGUUCAGCUGAGGAUACUUAUAUUUUGUUUAAUAUUUCACUAUUCCAUAACUGAUGGCCCUUUUUGGAGGCUUGAUUGGAAAUGUACAAAUAAACUUUAAUUUGUAA